AUGGCUGAUCAACUUUCAGAUUCUCUCGCAACCGUCAGAUCCUCAUCAGGAGACGACAUUAUCAUCGGAGAUUCUCUUCAAACCAGCCAAUACGCUGUCACGUUCGAUCUUCGAACCACCAUCAUCAUCGGCUUCUCCGUCUCACUCUUCUUUUGCGUCGUCUACCACAUUCUCUGCAGCUUCUUCUACCGGCUCAUCGACACCAGGAUUUACCAUCAUCGCGACGUCAACGUCGAAGAAGGAACAGACCUAAUGCCCGUCGACGGCGAUACGUCGCGGUCGCAGCAUCAGGUGGCGCUGUUUCAGGCUCUGGUUCUGAGCAACAUGCAGGCUUGGGUGAUGGUGGGAGCAUUAAUGGAGGAUUCUUCGGAGGAGGUGGACGAGAGCAGAGGGGAAAUCCUGAGGGCGAUGCAGAAAUUGCCGGCAUUGGUGAAGUACGGAAGCGAGCAUAAUAAUGAGAAUAAUGAAGUGACAAGAAAUUGUAUGGAUUGCGUAAUAUGCUUGGAGGACUUUAAGGUUGGCGAACUGUGUCAGGUUUUCCCUAGGUGCAAUCAUGUGUUUCAUUCGAGUUGCAUAGAUUGUUGGUUGGCCACCAAGCUUACGUGCCCAACUUGUCGGGGUUGCAUUACAUGA